AUGUGCCCGCAAGAAGACCAAGGGUCUCCUGAGGAGCAUGAAGUGAUUCUUCUUUCCCUCUACUCUGCCCUAGUGAAGCCACCUUUGGAGCACUGGGCCCAGUUCAUGAGACACAGGGAACUGCUGGGGAUAGCUCUUGUCCGGAAUUUUGCCCGUGGAUUUUGUCACUGGGGCCAGAGCUGCCGCUUCUCACAUGACAGAAAGUCAUCCCAGGUCUGCAGGUACUUCCAGAGGGGGUUCUGCAGCCAUGGAGAACAGUGCAGCUAUGACCACCUCCAAGAGCAGCUUGUGUCUGUGGGGACCCACUAUGGCUCCAUGCCCACUGUGCUCCCCGCCCGCUGGGGCUUGGAGUGCAGCCACGUGCCUGUGGCAGUGGCUCGGGCCCAGGGGGGAGCCCAGCAUGGCACAGCCCACCCUGGCCCCAGUAUGACACACCUGGCCUUAAAGUUUGCAAGCAUGGAGGUUAAGAAGGAAAAGAAAGGCAAGGAGAACACCCCAGCACCUGAUAACAUCACCCAUUGGGCCAUCAGUGAAGAAUUUGCCACCACACAAGCUCAGGGUGCCUCAGGCUCCCAGCUGCAGCAGUCAGAACUGGAUACAAAUUCCUCUGACCCUGGAAAGGCUGUGAUGGAGGCAGCAACUUGGACUGACUCUGCAGAGGUGCCCCUGGAGCCAGGCACCGCAGCAGCAGCCCUCACCAUCGCAGCGCUGAGGGCUCAGAGCGAGGCCUUAGUGUGCGGCAUCUGCAUGGAUCGGGUGUAUGAGAAGCCACUGCCAGAAGAGAGGCUCUUUGGGAUCCUCCCAAACUGCAGCCACACAUACUGUGUGGGCUGUAUCCGCAAGUGGCGGCGGAGCCGCGACUUCCAGAGUGCAGUCAUCAAGGCCUGCCCAGAAUGCCGGAUCACUUCCAGCUACUACAUCCCUCACAAGUACUGGAUCUCGGAUGUGCGCGAUAAGGAGAAGCUCAUACAGACCUUCAAGGCGCAGAUGGGGAAGAUCCGGUGCAAGUUCUUCGUGCAGAACCGCGGCCGCUGCCCGUUCAAGUCGGACUGCAUCUACCUGCACGAGCUGCCCGCCGGCCGGCCGCCGCAGCACAGGCGGCAGGGCCCUCCUGUGCCCGUCGAGAGCGCCUUUGUCGUGGAGAGCUCUGAUGAGGAAGACGAGGAGCUCUGCGUGCUCGAAUGGGCUUUCAGCCUGGCGGAGACAGGCUUCUGA